CCUCAAGUUUGCAGCUCACCUAUAGAUGCCAUCACGGCCCCAGAUAUAGACUGGCGAGACUUGCCAGCCCGACACAAGGAUGUCCUCUCACUACACGACCGAACCUCCGCCAACAGCAUCCGUCCUCCUCCAUACCACCGCAGGCCCUCUUACAAUCUCCCUUUUCGCAAAUCAGACUCCUCUAACAUGUCGCAACUUUCUACAACAUGUACUCGACGAAGGCUACAACAACAACAUCUUCCACCGCGUCGUACCUGGCUUCGUCAUCCAGACCGGUGACGCAAGCGGAACCGGGGAGGGCGGACACAAUAUCUACGAGGAUCGGGAAUUCGAACGCUAUGACGAAGACUGGGCGAGGGUCAUGGGCCGGGAGAAGGACGAAAAGAUCAGUUUCGGUGACGAGAUACACAGCAGGUUAAAGUUCAACCGGAGAGGCCUGGUCGGCAUGGCCAAAGGCACUGGCCCAGGAGGAGGCUACGGCAGCCAGUUCUUCAUCACGCUGGGAGAUUGCAGAGCCGAGCUCGACGGGAAAUGCACAAUGUUUGGACGGGUCGAAGGCGACGGUAUCUACAACAUUGUCAAGAUCGCCGAGGGCGAGCUGGCCGAAGGAACGGAGAGACCAAUAUAUCCCGAGAAAAUUCUCAGGGUCGAAAUCCUCGAAAUGCCCAAGGGAGACGCCUGGCAGAAGAUGCGCAAAAGAGUCAAAGUCGCCGAACGUGUCGUCGAUGCUGUACCGAAGAAGAAGGCCCCGAAAAAGAAGGGCGGGAAGACCUUACUCAGCUUUGGUGGUGACGAAGGCGAGGACGACGCCGGCGAGGUCGCCGUCCGACCAAAGAAAGCCAAAUUCAAUCCUGCGUUGAUCGAUGCAGGCGAUGCACAGGACUCUGCGCCGCAGAAGAACGGCACCAUCCCUAAUAAGCCCUCGGCGCCUUCUUCAAAGCCAAAGCGAUCACCAUCACCAUCAGCAUUACAAUCCAUACCACAAAAGCGGAAGGCGAGUCCACAGUCAUCCGCCAAAUCUCCAUCCCCAGUCCAGCGUCGUAAGCCAUCCUUCCACGACCCGACGGCCCAACUACCUCUCCGCGACCCGGAAUCACCAUCCCGGUCCCCAACACCCGCCGAAGAGGAACAACCCACCAACAAAUCCAAAACGUCCUCUUCUGCUCUACAAGCCGAGAUCGCCGCCCUCAAAGCAUCCAUGCGACGCAACGUGACAACCAACACCACCGAUACAAACCACAAGAUCUCCGCGCUCGAGGCACUCAUCCCGACGACCAGCACACGAGGCCGCAAACGUCCCCGACCCGGCGAGUCCACAGCGCAGGACGACGCGCGCGCACUGAAAAUGCUCAACGCCUUCAAAGCCCGUCUGGAAUCUUCUGACACCAGCAACAAACCAUCGCAAAACAAACCACACAACACCCAGAAAUCCCAUGACGACACACUAAAUUCGAAGCCGACGCAAUCGCAACCCCAACCCGCGGCAGCAGCCGACAUCGACGAAGAAGCCACCCUAUGCGACCUCCAUUUCAUAGCGAACUGCCAGUCUUGUUCGAAAUGGGACGAGGACGGCGCGAAUCCAGACGCCGCUGCCGAAUCCGACGACGACAAGGAGUGGUUCAACCAUACUCUAUCCUUCGCGAAGGACCGGCUUGGCAAGGACUUGACGUGGAAGAGGAAGAACGAAGAAGAACUCGUCGUCAUCGACCCUCGCGAACGUGAGAAGGAGCUGAAAUCCGAGAAACGGCGAGAUCGCGAUAGAAAUCGUGACAAUCGCGACAAAGAUAAAGGAAAAUCCAGGGAGGGUCGGUGGUGAACCAGCCAGGACAUGAAAUCAUCUGCACUGCACUGCAUUGCACGUCCCAAUGUCAAAUGAUAG